AUGGCCGCCGCCGCCUCCGCCGCAGUCGGCUCCGUCGGCGUUGUCACUAUCCUUCCCAAAACCCCCCUUCCCAUCCUUGUCAUCGGCUCCGGCCUCGGCGGCCUCACACUCGCACACGCGCUCCGCGCCCACUCUAUCCCUUACCGCCUCUUCGAGCGAGACGCAGCCACAGACGAUCGAGCCCAGGGGUACCGGAUCAGCGUGGACGAUGGGGGCGCUAGCGCGCUCAAGUCUGCCCUUGGGCUCGAGGGGGAUGGUCCGGCUUUGUUCGGGGAAUUCGAGCAGAGCUGCGGGGAAAGACACGGGAUUGGUGGACGGAUUGACGCGGUUAGUGGGAAGGUACUUCAGAGGGGGGUGCUAGGGCUGCUCGGGGCGGGAGGGUGGGGCAUGUUAGGGGAGUUGGCGGGAAGAUGGGCGGGAAAGAAGUGGAGUGAAGGGACGUGGAGUGAUUGGGCGAAAUGGGCGGGGUCAUUCGUCCCUCAGACCGUCAACAAGCAUUAUCAAGUCGACCGACGCGUCCUCCGCAACCUCCUCCUCCGCUCUCAAGCCGACCACAUCACCCAUUCCGCCGUCUUCACCUCCUACACUCUUCCCUCCGGCGCUGACUCUGCCUCCUCCCCUUCCUCCCCUUCCGCUUCCCUCCCUCGUUCCGACGGUUCUGACGGGGCUGAAGGCGUCAUUGCCCACUUUGCAGACGGUACCUCGGUCCGCGGCUCCCUCCUCGUUGGCGCAGACGGCGUCCGCUCUUGUGUUGCCGCACAACUCCUCGGUCACUCCGCCAUACCCCGCGAUCUAGGCACUCGGAUCAUCUACGGGAAAACACCUCUCUCCCCGAGCGUCGAAGAAGGGCUGCAUCUGACUCUCAGCAAGGGGUGCAGCUUCGUCGUAGAUCCUACGGCUGCCGCCACCGCGGAGUCUGCGCCAGGGGACGAACCCGGAUUGUUGCUCGUCCAUGAGUGCAUGCGGUUCCAUCACCCAUCCGCACCAGCCGACUACAGCUUUUGGGCUCUGGCGGGUCGGAAAGAGAUCUUCGAGCGGUCAGAGACGGAGCUUCGGUCCUCUCUUCCUGCGUCUACCUCGGCCUCCGCCUCGGAUCCAUCCCCGGCGGAUAUCGCCCUCCACCUAACCAAACACUGGCACCCCUCUAUCCGUCUCCUCUUCACGCAGCAAGACCCCAACCAGACCGCCUCUCUCAGAAUGACCUCCUCUUCCACCAGCGGCACCGCCACCUGGCCGACCGAUCCUCGGGUGACAGUCCUCGGUGAUGCGAUACACUGUAUGCCACCGACGGGCGGUCAGGGCGCCAACACGGCUUUGCACGAUGCUGCUCUCCUGGGGUUGGUUCUUGGUAAGGCGAAGGAGGAGGGCGAGGGGGUAGAGGGGAAGGGGUGGAGUAAGGAGACGGUAGAGCUGUAUGAGGAUGGGAUGAGGCGGAAUAUCGGGGAUGUGGUCGGGAUGGCUGUCAUUGGAGCGAAGAGGAUCAUCGGGGCUGAUAUGCCCGAGUUAUGA